AUGUCGGCGCAAACAUCACGAACCGCUGUGGUUGCAACGGCAACUGUUGCCGCUCUGGCCACCGGCUUGCUAGCCUACGCUGCCUACUUCGAUUACCGCCGCCGCAACAGCGCCGAUUUCCGCAGGCAAUUGCGCCGCAACCAGCGCCAGCAACAACGCGCUGAGAAGAGCCAUGCUGAGGCGAGUGCUGUCGCCCAGCGCCAGGCCAUCAAGGACGCUGUCGACGAUGCCAAGGAGGAAGGCUUCCCCGCGAGCGCCGAAGAGAAGGAGGCGUACUUCCUAGAACAAGUCCAGGCCGGCGAGGUUUUGGGCGCUGAUCCUUCCAAGGCUACUGAAGCCGCUAUCUGCUUCUACAAGGCCCUUAAGGUUUACCCCACUCCUAAUGACUUGAUCAGCAUAUACGACAAGACUGUCUCUAAGCCCAUCUUGGAUAUCCUCGCCGAGAUGAUUGCGUACGACGGGAGUCUCCGGAUCGGCACCUCGUAUACCGGACCCGCGGGCGUCGAUGUGGCAGAAUUGAUGCGCGAGAUGGGGGCCGCCCCAGGCGUCGGCCUGGACUAA